AUGACAGGCUCUUCUGUGGCCUUAGGCUCUCCUGUUCCACCAUUCACACCUCAUGCAAUCUCUGUUUCUUUACCUACAUGGAGAGAUAACAUCGGCUACGAGGAGGGAGACAGACGAGUUGUGGACGCCAUGGUCUGUGGCUAUCCCAGGUUCUUCAUACAUCCCAGUAUCAAAAAGCUGGCUGGUAUCUGUGAGCAAAGGUUCGGGUUGCAAGGCGAACAAUGCCUACUUUUCCCUACCCAUAAAACCGCUGAACAGUGUCGUUCGUUCAUCAGCAAAGUUUCCUCUCAGGAGGGGAAGCUCAUCUCGACUCGCCUCAUUCAUCUCAUGAUUUGCCCAGCAGGUAAAGCAAAGAAGGGUGUGCUGGUGGACUUCAACGAUUGUGGAUGCAAUAAUGAUUCAGCUUCAUUGCUUGACAUACACAUCGUGCUCUUUCCCUCAGAGACAUACCAUAUUGCGAAGCAGUUCUGGCAACAUACCGGCAGUGGCAUAUCCAGUCGUUCUGCAGAACAUUGUCUUUCUCUCCUUCCUGACAUAUCUCCCCCUCGUUCUCCCACUACUGGCACCGUGCCUCGCUACCCACAAAAAGCGUCCAAUCGGCAUUAUUCCGUAAAAGAUCGUAAGGUCACUCAAGACCCUCAUUUUGGGGUCGAAUCCUUGGAUGGCGACUAUUUGGAGGAAAGAUAUGGUCGUAACCUCCCUGUUGCCGCUUCGGCUAAAGCCAAACGAGCUUUGCGACGCAGGAUUUCGGGGGUCCUUGUACGAGACAAUGCGGCAGUCAGCCCAUCGGACAACCUUAUCCCAAGUACUAGGGGCAUUAAGGAGCUUUCCGAGGACGACGUUUACCUUUACCCAACAGGUAUGAAUGCCAUCUGGAAUGCACACCAACUUGCACUUUCUGCUCUACGUCCCGCGAAAAGUGUCUGUUUUGGAUUCCCAUACACUGACACCCUUAAGGUGCUACAAAAGUGGGGUCCAGGUUGUCAUUUCUUUGGGCAUGGCCUCGACAAUGAUAUAGAUCAGCUUGAAAUAUUAUUGGAUGCAGAGUCGAAGUCAAAUCCCUCUAAACCACCCAUUUUGGCUCUGUUCACAGAGUUCCCGUCCAAUCCCCUCCUCCGUUCUGCAGACCUUCCUCGCCUUCGAAAGCUGGCGGAUAAGUAUGAUUUCCUCAUUGUCAUCGACGAGACCAUCGGAAAUUUCAUGAACGUGGAAGUUCUACCAUUUGCCGAUAUGGUCGUCAGCAGUUUGACGAAGGUUUUUAGUGGGGCUUCGAACGUGAUGGGUGGCAGCUUGGUUUUGAACCCCAGAGGUCGGCAUUACGUCGCUCUUGAAGCUAAGUUACGCGAUUCCUACGAAGACUGCUACUUCGACCAAGAUGCUAUCUUCUUGGAACGCAAUUCUCGGGAUUUUGACCGUCGCAUCAGAGUUAUAGACGUUAAUGCUGAAGCCGUCUGCGACUUCCUUCUUACGCACUCCGUCGCUAAAGAUUACCCAGGUGCCGUUGUCAAAGAAGUGUUCUAUCCGAAAUAUACCACCCCUAAUCAUUAUGAAGAACGUCGUAUUGAACACAGCGGCGGUAUCGUUGGUGGAUACGGGGGCCUCUUUUCUAUCACGUUCACUUCUAAUGAGGCCUCCAAGGCGUUUUUUGACAACUUGCAGUGUCACAAAGGCCCCAGCCUGGGCACGAACUUCACAUUAGCGUCGCCCUUCGCAAUCCUUGCGCACUUUACCGAGUUGGACUGGGCGGCGGAAUAUGGCGUCGAGGCAGGUCUUGUCCGUGUCAGUGUCGGCAUGGAGGAGACUUCAAUUCUUCUGAAGGCUUUUGAAACUGCCCUACUGGCCGCGGAAGCCACGAGGGCCUGA